GUCAAAUACAUUCGUCGACGGUCGUACGUAGUAUUUUCACGAUUCAUUGAAUUUUUCAUUCAUUGUUUUGCGAUUUGCAAUGUGAUUCUAUCCGAAUUAUUAUUUUUGUGAAUUUUAAUUUUUGUGUGAAUGUCGCGUAGUUUCUGUGAAGUGAUCCUAUGACGUGAUAUUUAUUUACUUAUCGAUUAUAUUUAAAUGACCGAAACCAGCCAACUAGAAGACUGACUAUGCAACUAAGCCACAUUCCACAAAAAAGCAUGCGCACGAGCAAGUGACAAUAUGGCAACACCAGCGAUACGGCAAGAGGAGGUGAGCGAUGAGGCGCAGGAGAAGUUGUUGGUCACUCCUGUCGUCCAGGAUGAAGGUCUACUAUCUGUCAAGUCUUCAAAGAAAGUGAAACUACCCGAGGAUGAAGAGGGAAAAGUUGGACGUUUUACGAUCGGGCCGGCUCCCGAACGAGAUUGGGAGAUGGUGCCACCGGACGGCAGAUGGGGCUGGUGCGUGCUAGUAGGUGCGACGCUGGUUAAUAUCCUGAUCCCGGGCACGAUCAAGUCAUUCGGGGUGCUUCAACUUGAGUUCAAAGAAUUAUUCCAGUCGAGUGCCUCUGCAUCAUCAGGGAUAGUAGCUUUAUGCUACUUCUUGUACAGUAGUCUGGGUCCACUAUCGUCAAUUCUAUCUGUAAGAUGGUCGUAUCGGACAGUUACUUUAAUUGGAGGCAGUUUUGCAGCCUUCGGAAUGAUUUUCAGCAGUAUGGCGUAUUCAAUAGGUUAUUUGUAUAUUAGUUUUGGCGUCAUGGUGGGUACAGGAGCGGGGCUGGCCUUUCCCCCCACAGUAUACAUCGUGACGUCAUAUUUCGUUCGUCUCCGGGGAUUAGCAAACGGGAUUUGUAUGUCUGGUUCUGCGUUUGGCAGUAUCAUAAUACCACCAGUAUUGAGAUACUUAUUGGAGACGUAUGGUUAUACGGGUGCAGUGCUGAUCCUCGGUGGUAUUACGCUUAAUGUGUGGGCUGCUGCGUUACUCUUUCAACCGGUGGAAGAGCAUAUGGUGAAGAAAUUCAAAGAACCCGAGGAGGAUGAAGAAGGGCCGCAGUUGGAACCUUUUAUGGAAGAAGACCCUAGUGAUUUGAAUCUCUCAAACCCAAAACUGGUGUUCACCUCUGAGGAUGAUCAAGAAAAGCAGCCGAACGGAUCCCCGCUAACACACAAGCCAAAAUCUAACACACACUUAGACGAGAGAAAUGAUGUCGUAAGGUCUGUGAGCUCCGCCCAAGUCAACGAAAGGAUUCGUAAAGUAUCAACCUCCAAGGGCCUCCAGCAUAUAUCCAGCAAGGCUUCCAAUCUUCCAAGCAAUCCAUCCUUUCUGGAAUCCGUUCCAGAGGGAAGGGCCAGUCGCGUCAAUUCUCAAGAGGGUUUCGGCAAGAAGUUGUUGCCGAAAACGCCCAAACGCAGCCCUUCCACCUCAAGUUUCCAGUAUAUGUCUACGCCAUUCCAUGGUUCCACUUUAUCCGCGUUUGAGAAACCAAGCGAAUUCGCCUCGCAGUUUAGCCUAAAAUCCGUCACAGAUAGCUUAGCCCCCAUAACCUACUGUUGCGGCUGCAGAAAGCGUAAAGACGACGGAACGAAGAAGGAGCCAAACAAAUAUUUCGAUUUAAAUUUAUUAAAAGAUCCAAUUUAUUUAGUGAUAUUAAUAUCGAACUGUACUAACGCAAUAUCAUACACAAAUUUCAUCAUUUUAGUUCCAGCUUACGCGCAAGAAUGCGGUUUUGACAAGUCUUUAGGCGCGUAUUUGUUGUCUAUAAUAUCGCUGCUCGAUUUGGUUGGCAGAAUUGGAGGAUCCGCGCUGUCAGACGUGGUGUCAACACCGAAGCGUUACUUUUUUAUAACCGGCCUAUUACUCUCUGGCAUAAGUUUGUCUAUGAUCCCGUUAGUUUCUAGUUAUACGGCGAUCAGCGCGUUCUGUUCUGUUUUUGGGCUUGCAUCGGGGAUAAAUACUGGUAUCACCGCUCUAGUUAUGACGGAGAUGUUGGGUACAGAAAGAUUGAUGUCUUCUUAUGGUAUAAGUUUGUUUGUAAAUGGCAUAUUGCAGCUGAUCGGUCCGCCCAUUUGUGGAAUAUGGUUUGAACGUACAAAAUCGUACAAGUCGUUAUUUGUUACACUCGGGUUUAUAUUAAGUUUCGGCGCGUCACUGUGGAUCUUUGUACCGUUCAUUCUAAGACGUAGGAAGAGGUUGGAAAAUGCUGAAAAGGCGUAAUUUAGCGAGGAAAAUGGGUUUUAGUCUUAGGUGUAAAGAAUCAUUGUGAUAAUUCAACUUUGAAUGCAUUCGUUUUACACUCAGUAUUUAAUGAAAAACAUAAAUGUUAUAGUAAUCAUGUGAUAUACCUUUCCCUCGAAUAAAUAAUAAUAAUUCGCACAGAGGAUGUACAGCCAAUUUAUGUUUGUAUAGCGCCAUGCUUUAUAAUGCUACCAAAUUAAAGAGUCAAUAACCCACUCAAAUACUUAUAAUUGGUGCUAAAUUACUAUGAGUAAUUAGUACGAGAUUUGGGAGAUAAUCUGAAAUGUCACAAUUAUAUUGAAUUUCACUUUAAUAAUUAGUUAAUUUUUAUUUCAAUUCCUAAUAGAUGGCGCUAAAUUAAAAUAUUAUUGGGACAUUGUAAUCUGUCAAUUUAUAUUUAAACUGCCUUAAUAGAUUAACUUUAACCAAAUAAUAUAAUUAAACGUUUUCCAUGUUACUCAUUAAAAUAUUUUGUAAUUUGUUUGAAUCAAAAACAUUUGCGUGUUUAUGUAUUUGCAUAAAUACUAGAGAUUGUUUUUUCAUUACUAAUAAUAAAUCAUCACAAUUCGAGAUAAAAAGGGUUCUUUAAACAGUUAUUGUAGAAAAGUAUCGUUAUUAAUGUUCCUGAAGUGUUGCCAAGUUUUUUAUUGUACUUAUUUAGAUAAUUUUACAUCACCUGGCGAAAAUCAACAAACAGCUUGUCUAUUAUUCUUUGUUGAUAUUGACUUUUAUGUUUUAGAAAACGACGAACAAAAUGAUUUAAGUAAUAUGCAUUAAUUUUAGUUUACGAUUUUUAUAUUAGCGUAAUUUUAUAUGUUAACUCAUAGAAUUGCUUUUACAAAUAAUUAAAUGUCUAAUAUUAGGAUUUCUUAUAAUUAUUUCAAAGUAUUUUUCAUAUAUUAUUUCUUAAUAUAAUGUAAAUCAACUUAUAUACAGGUUUUGGAACUUUUAAAUAUAUUUUUUAAUCGAU